AUGGGUAUCCUGAAAAUUGGCUGCUUCCCCCACAUUCAGCAGAUUUUCUCUAUUCUUAAAAAGACCAAAGUAACUCAAAAAGACAAACCUGAAAGACACGAAAAAGCUGAAAAGAAACCUCCUCCCAAAGAGGAGAAGAAAGUAAAGAGCACUAAAGUGGAAGCAAAACUUAAAAAGGAAGUGAAGGAUGGAAAAGGAGAAACAAAGGCGGUCGAGAAGGUCAAGCAGGCAGAGAUUAAACCAACAGAAACUGGGCUAAUAAAGGCCAAAACGAAAGUUAAGGAAGAGAAAGCUCUUCAGACUGUAACUAAAUCGGACAAGAAAGAUCAAUAUGCGUUCUGUCGCUAUGUGAUUGACAUGUUUGCGCAAGGGGAUUUUUAUCCAGGACAUAAGGAAUUUGUACCACCUCGUCUUCUUCUAGAACACAGUCCAAGAAAGAAACCAGCAGCUGUUGACGAAGAAAAGUCUAUUGUGGUACCUAGAGACGUGAAAAAGAGAAAAGAGGAAAAGAAGAAGACCGAUGAAAAAAGGAAUAGGACUGAAACAAAGAUGAAAGCUGAUUGA